AAAAUGAAAGAAAGAUUUUCAAAUUUGGCCAUGUGACCAGUUCUUUACUUUUUUGCAAGUUUUUAUAUCUUGUAGUUUUAUGGGGUUCUCAUUUUAACUCAAAGUUUGCAGCUUUUUCAUGAUUCUUACUUUUUUGAAGUGUCUAUUACAGUGGGUGCUGAUAUGUGAUAAGAACUGGUUACCAAUUGCUCAAUGGAGACCCUAAAUUCACCAGCUAAAUUAAUGACUUUUCCGAGAGAGCCAGCCAACUUUGAUGAAGUUUCUAUGCAUCAAAGCAUGCUAUUUUCUGAUAGUCUUACGGAUUUGAAGAAUCUGAGAAAACAACUUUACUCAGCAGCUGAAUAUUUUGAAUUGUCUUAUUCUAAUGACGAGCAAAAAGAAGUUGUGGUAAAUACAUUGAAAGAUUAUGCCAUUAAAGCCCUUGUGAACACUGUGGAUCAUUUGGGCUCUGUGACAUAUAAGGUCAGUGAUCUCUUGGAUGAAAAAGUUGAUGAAGUUUCUGGAACAGAGCUGCGUCUAUCUUGCAUUGAGCAGAGACUAAAAACAUGCCAGGAGUACAUUGAUCAUGAGGGCCUAUCACAGCAGUCAUUGGUUAUUCAUACUCCCAAGUAUCACAAGCGAUAUAUAUUA